AUGCCAAAAGUCAAACGUUCUUCAUAUUCUGUUGCUGAAAAGCUCCAAGGUUUGCAAUAUGCAAAACAAUAUGGUUUAAGAUCAGCUGGAUUGGAUGAGUUGAGGAGGGGAGCAAAAGAAGUAUAUGUUGUUGAUACUGCGCCAGGAUCCAUUGAUGAAAAUGAGCCUAUUCGUAGUUGUUUGAUUGCACCAUUCAUUUGCAAAUUUACUAAAUAUGGAUGGGACUGUGUAGAUGCUCAUUAUGAAGAAUCAAGUUUCAGUGCCCAAAAGAAGCUUGAACUUCAUGUUAACACAUUGCACAUGCAUAAUUUAGAGUGUGAACUUGAUCAAUAUCUAUGGAAAGGCUGUAAUGAGUCAGUGUGUGAACUUAAUCAAUAUCUAUGCCCAUGGAAGGGCUGUAAUAAGUUAGUGUAUGAUCUUACACAAUUUAAAG